CGCUGAGGAGGGAGCGAGAGGCAAGAUGGCGGCGCUGAGGCGCUGUUGGUGGAUGGCGCGGGGCGGUCGGGUCAGCAGUUGGUGUUCUGCUUCGUCGCACAGAGGACGAGCGCCGCUCGGCCCCCCGCCGGCCCCUGUCUGCGCGCUGGGCCGCUCGCUGCGGUGGGCAUCGUCCUCCUCCCAGCCGGGCCCGACGGAGAGCGACUCCAACGAGGGACAGGUCUACCUCAGCGAGAGCUGCGUGAAGAGGCUGCUGGAGAUUGCAGAAGGAUCAGAGUUUCUCAGGCUGCAGGUGGAAGGAGGUGGUUGCUCGGGGUUCCAGUACAAGUUUUCUUUGGACACGGUUAUAAAUCCUGAUGACAGGGUUUUUGAACAAGGUGGUGCCCGUGUAGUUGUGGAUGUGGACAGCCUGGCCUUUGUGAAAGGUUCCAUGGUAGACUUCAGCCAGGAGCUGAUUCGCAGCUCAUUCCAGGUGGUGAGCAAUCCUCAGGCAGAGAAGGGAUGCUCCUGUGGGACUUCCUUUUCUGUCAAAUUCUGAUUGGACUUCUUAUGGAUGACUGCUGGCUGCAGAUGUUCCCUGGUAGUCUUCAGAGGGUUUUGUUUGAUCUUUUCCCUGUUGAUCCUUCUCAUCUUCCUAACCCUGUAACAUAGCAGUUACAGAUGACACCAGCUGUAUGUGUCUGAAUUGAGCCUGUUUCCAAGACUUUUCGGCCUUCCUCUCAGAAAUAUGAAGUAGCCAUAAUCACGCAAACAGAAGCAUCUUCAGUGCUUUGUGAAUCACCUGCUCAGUGGCGCAGACUCACCCUGCCUUCUCCAGAAUGUGGAACCACUUGUCUCUACAAGAGAUGGCUGUAUAUAUGUGUGUGUUUAUUGAGAGUUCUUACUAAAAAAAAAACCAUAUGUAUUUGA